UGACGCGCGGCCCGCGCUUCCGUAUUGGGGAGCCGGCGGCGGAUCUCCGGACACGGGGAGCGGGGGUCCCGGCAGCGGGGCGGCCCGCGGGCCCUGGGCGGGGAUGCACCGCCGCGGGGUGGGAGCCGGCGCCAUCGCCAAGAAGAAGCUUGCCGAGGCCAAAUAUAAGGAGCGAGGGACUGUCUUGGCUGAGGACCAGCUGGCCCAGAUGUCAAAGCAGUUGGACAUGUUCAAAACCAACCUGGAGGAAUUUGCCAGCAAGCACAAGCAGGAAAUCCGGAAGAACCCUGAGUUCCGGGUGCAGUUCCAGGACAUGUGUGCCACCAUCGGGGUGGAUCCUCUGGCCUCGGGAAAGGGAUUUUGGUCUGAGAUGCUCGGCGUGGGAGACUUCUAUUAUGAGCUGGGCGUCCAGAUUAUUGAAGUGUGCCUGGCUCUGAAGCACCGGAAUGGAGGUCUCAUAACUCUGGAGGAGCUCCAUCAGCAGGUGUUGAAAGGAAGGGGCAAAUUUGCCCAGGACGUCAGCCAAGACGACCUGAUCAGGGCCAUCAAGAAACUAAAGGCACUUGGCACUGGCUUCGGUAUCAUCCCUGUGGGUGGCACUUACCUCAUUCAGUCUGUUCCAGCAGAGCUCAAUAUGGAUCACACUGUGGUGCUGCAGCUGGCGGAGAAAAACGGCUACGUGACUGUCAGUGAUGUCAAAGCCAGUCUUAAGUGGGAGACGGAGCGAGCGCGGCAAGUGCUGGAACACCUGCUGAAAGAAGGGCUGGCCUGGCUGGACCUGCAGGCCCCAGGCGAGGCCCACUACUGGCUGCCCGCUCUCUUCACCGACCUCUACUCCCAGGAGAUCACCGCUGAGGAGGCCAGAGAAGCCCUCCCCUGACUCUGGGAGCACGGGAGGGGGCACACGGCAGACAGGGAGAAGAGGGAGGAGCUGUUGGUGAAUAAAACCUGGACAACUUUGUUUAAAAAAAAAGAAAGAAAAAAUCUUCCAAGUUUUUUCUUCCCUCAA